AUGGCCAUAACUCAAAAUUCCUCCAAAUCCAAGCCGCCGCCAACAACACUGAAGGCCCCACGAAAUCCCUUUGUAACCCGAUCGGCGGCAGCUGGAAAUGUUCAGGAAAAGAAAACCAUUCCAUCAAAGGAAAUUCACGAAAAAUCACUGCAGGACUCAAAAGAACCUCCAAGGCGACAAAAACGUGAACGUUCAAAUACGCCCAGUGAUAAUGAACAAAAGGAAAGGAAUCAAAAUAAUGCGAAAAUGGAUAUGAAAAAGGAGAAGACGGAAACAACAACCAUGUCCCGUGAUGAAAAAAUGGAUAGGUUAAAGGCGAAAAGGGAUAGAUCUAGCACGCCCAGUGAUGGUGAACAAAAAAGGCCCACAAGGAAACUCAACGAAGAAACCAACAAACCAGACAAUACAAAAAAGGAACAGGGCGAUAAGGAUUCAACAAAGAAUUUGAAUACAAAUUUAAAGGUAGAUAAAGGGGAACGUUCUGCCAAACCCAGUGAAAAGGAGCUUAAAAAUUUAAAACGGAAAAUUGCCGAAGAAAUCAUUAAAGCGAAUACUAACCCCAGAAAAGAUAAACCCGAUAAUGAAACUAAGAAAUCUAAAGCAUUCGAAAAUAACAUUAAAGAAAAAUCCCACAAAAAAUUGCCAACUAAUGAAAAGCAAAUAAAAGGAGAACAUAAUAGAAAAGAGAAGAAUACAAAUUCCGAAGAAAUUUCAAGCCAAAAAUUAUCAAAGAAGGAAAACCCCAGAUCCCUGGAAGAGAAACACAAAGCAUCUUCAAUUGAUACAAAUAAAGAUAAAAAAUCAUCUCAAUUGCCGAAUGAUCACCCCGAAAUAUCUAGUUCAAUUUUUUAUUCCAAAAAUGAACAGGAAACAAAGGAACAAUUUAAACAUUCAAAAUUAAGUGGUGAAAUAAAAGAGACCACAAAAAGUCAAAACAAGAAAAUUAUCCAUCAAUAUGAAUCGGUAAAACAUGUUAUAAAAGUAUCCGGUAUAGAAACCUCCAACGAUGCCGUAGUACGUAAAAAACCAAGAACUAAAUAA